AUGGCAGAGGCUGGGGGCCGUCGGCCUUGGCGGCGCUGGGCUGAGCUAUGGCCGGCGGCGAGCGCUCGCGACCCGCGAUUCCACACGAUCAAUCCGCGCGACCGAGAGCGGCGUUACCAGCCCGGGAGCCGCAGGCCACAGCGAGGCUGGGGAGGCGGGGCCGACCGGCGCUACCAGCCCCCUCGGCGCGGCCUGCUAUUGGCUGACGUGGGCUGGUGGGCGGGCCCUCGAGUGGGGGGCGGGAAGCAGCAGGACUCCCCCUGCAGUUCUUCACAUUUCAGAGGGUCUGGGCAGCAUCCACAUAGCAGCAGUAGGAUCCAGGCAUCCACAAGAGAAGACCAAGCUUUAUCCAAGGAGGAAGAGAUGGAGACUGAGUCAGAUGCAGAGGUAGCAUGUGACCUGAGCAAUAUGGAAAUCACCGAAGAGCUCCGCCAGUACUUUGCAGAGACGGAGGGGCACAGAGAACUACGGUGGCGGCAGCAGCUAGAUGCGGAGCGCCUAGACAGCUACGUGAACGCUGACCACGACCUGUACUGCAACACCCGCGGGUCGGUAGGGGCCCCAACUGAGAGGCCUGCUGAGCGGCGCCAGGCCGAGAUGAAGCGUUUGUACUGGGACAGCGCCGCCAAGAUCCAGGCCAUGGAGGCUAUGGUGCAGCUGAGCUUUGACAAGCACUGUGACCCAAAGCAGCCCAAUUACUGGCCGGUCAUCCACCUGACGUUCUGAGCUCAGGGCACAGGGCACCCAGCCUCUUCCUCUUCCUUUUGGAUACACGCUCUUCAUCUCUCUUUCUGUGCAUUUCUCAGGGAAAGGGGACUUUGUACUGAGGUACAGGCAUGUUCACCACAGUCCCAGUGGGCCUGUCACGGAGUGGACGUACUAUGCCAGCCACUUGGAGGUCGGCAGGAUAUAUUCUGUUGCCAAUAUGAUAAAUUUUAUCCUGACAUAAAAUGAUAAUUUUGUAUAUAUUAUACUGGUUUUUUAUGUUGUCGGUAACAGUUCAAUUCCUUAAAGUUCUUGCCUAGAGAGAAAAAAUAAUAAUUCUAAAACAUGAA